AUGACCAUCCCCCUGGAUUGUAUCAUCAGUGGAUUCCUGGAGAAGCCCAAGCGGCGGCUGCUGUGUCCGCUGUGCGGGAAGCCCAUGCGCGAGCCCGUGCAGGUUUCUACCUGCGGCCACCGCUUCUGCGACACCUGCCUGCAAGAGUUCCUCAGUGAAGGAGUCUUCAAGUGCCCUGAGGACCAACUUCCUCUGGACUAUGCCAAGAUCUACCCAGACCCAGAGCUAGAGGUCCAGGUACUGGGCCUGCCUAUCCGCUGCAUCCACAGUGAGGAGGGCUGCCGCUGGAGUGGGCCCCUUCGGCACCUACAGGGCCACCUGAAUACCUGCAGCUUCAAUGUGGUCCCCUGCCCCAACCGCUGCCCUGCCAAGCUGAGCCGCCGGGAUCUGCCUGCACACCUGCAGCACGACUGCCCCAAGCGGCGCCUCAAGUGCGAGUUUUGUGGCUGUGACUUCAGUGGGGAGGCCUUUGAGAGCCACGAGGGCGUGUGCCCCCAAGAGAGUGUGUACUGUGAGAACAAGUGUGGUGCCCGCAUGAUGCGGCGGCUGCUGGCUCAGCAUGCCACUUCUGAGUGCCCCAAGCGCACCCAGCCUUGCGCCUACUGCACCAAGGAGUUCGUCUUUGACACCAUCCAGAGCCACCAGUACCAGUGCCCCAGGCUGCCUGUGCCCUGUCCCAACCAGUGUGGCGUGGGCACCAUCGCUCGGGAGGACCUGCCGGGCCAUCUUAAGGACAGCUGUAGCACUGCCCUGGUGCUGUGCCCAUUCAAGGACUCUGGCUGCAAGCACAGGUGCCCUAAGCUGGCAAUGGCGCGGCACGUGGAGGAGAGCGUGAAGCCACAUCUGGCCAUGAUGUGUGCCCUGGUGAGCCGGCAACGGCAGGAGCUGCAGGAGCUGCGAAGAGAGUUGGAGGAGCUGUCGGUGGGCAGUGACGGCGUACUCAUCUGGAAGAUUGGCAGUUAUGGCCGACGGCUCCAGGAGGCCAAAGCCAAGCCCAACCUCGAGUGCUUCAGCCCUGCCUUCUACACACAUAAGUAUGGCUACAAGCUGCAGGUGUCUGCCUUUCUCAAUGGCAAUGGCAGUGGUGAGGGCACACAUCUCUCACUCUACAUUCGCGUGCUGCCAGGUGCCUUUGACAAUCUCCUCGAGUGGCCCUUUGCCCGCCGCGUCACCUUCUCCCUGCUGGAUCAGAGCGACCCUGGGCUGGCUAAGCCACAGCAUGUCACUGAGACCUUUCACCCUGACCCAAACUGGAAGAAUUUCCAAAAACCAGGCACUUGGCGGGGCUCCCUGGAUGAGAGUUCUCUGGGCUUUGGCUACCCCAAGUUUAUCUCCCACCAGGAUAUCCGCAAGCGAAACUAUGUGCGGGAUGAUGCAGUCUUCAUCCGUGCCUCUGUUGAAUUGCCCCGAAAGAUCCUGAGCUGAAUGCAGAUGGGGCUGCAGGAGAAAGGGGGAUGGAACAUAACCUCCAUCGGGCACUGGCUGAACCUGAAGAGGGGGCUGGACCCCCUUACAGCUGCUUCUGCUGUCUGGGUUCUGUUACCCUGUUCCCCCUCCCUCCUCCUCUACCACCCUCAGGUGCCUCCUAUUGGUGCUUCAGCCCUGGCCUCUGAGGAAAGCAGGUCUUAGGGUCAUCAAGGGCUUGGAAAUAAGUGAUCCCAGGGCCUGUCUCCUGGACAGGGCGGACAUGCCUUGGUGCGGGCCACACUCUACCCUGGACUGAGGUGCCUGCUGGUGCUAUGUCCCAAGAGCCAUAGAGGGGAGGGGGAGUUGGGAAACUGAGGGGCAGUUAAAAGUAUCUGUCUUGAGAUCUGAUUUCUCUUCCCCUUUCCCCAGCUGUGUCCCCUUUGGUUAUUUAUUUACUUAGUGCCAGGAGGGCACAGCAGGGGAGCCCUGGUUUUUAAUAAAUCCUGAAUUGUAUUUAUUAA